CCUGCUGGAGUUCCUCUGAGCUCGAGCUGUGACGUCACUCUCCCAGAAUGCAUGGCUUCCAGCGCGGCGCCCAGCAGUCCAGGCCCGGACUGUGAGAAACAUCUUUAAAACUAGUUUAAAAUGUCGAUGUGGAGGCGGAAUGGAGGCCGGACGGAGAGAAGGACGGGGACACAGUCGGUAAGUCUGUGAAGAUGUUGAUCUGCCUCUGUGAUUCAGCUGCUGUGUCUGUGGCGUUCAGGGCUGCUGAAUACUAAAAUAGACUGCGGGCCAACACAAGAGCUCUUCUCAGGGAACACACAGACCCAGUCACUGCUUCCAAAGCUCCUCAUCACCGCAGCCCUUUUGGGGUUGCUAUGGCAGCUGCUGUCACAGAGACCAAGUGCUGGACACAGGCUUGCCCCAGUAAGGCAGGACAGACCACUAGUCAUUGCAGCAAGAGACCAUCAAACAGUCAACAAACAGCACUUAGCAUUAAUUCUAGCACUCUAAGUUAACAAAACGAGCAGAGGUCUGCAGGCUGAUGGUCGGCGCUCUGGAGAAUCCUCAUGAGUCUUGUCUGUGUCUGCUCCGGCUCUUGGCCAGAGUCCCCGUGCAGCAGCAGAGCCAGUACUGUUCCUUCUGUUAGACCAUGUUCCACCAGCAGGACCAUCUGAAGAGCCAGCUGCAGGAGAGCCACCCAGCCAGCAGGCAGCUCUUCCACUGCCAGGAGUGUGGGAAGCAGUACAACACCCAGCUGGGCUAUAGACGCCACCUGGUGGCCGCCCACAGCGCCUCAGCAAACCUGCCCUGCCCAGAGGGGGCGCCCUCACUGCUGGAGCACCUUGGCAGCCAUAUUGACAGGCCUCCACCGUCAGAGGGAAAUACUAAUGCUGCUGUACCAGUGAGAGAGAGGAAGUAUUCAUGUGAGCGAUGCGACCGCCGCUUUUAUACCCGUAAGGAUGUUCGGCGCCACGCUGUUGUGCACACAGGCCGCCGUGACUUCCUGUGCCCACGCUGCGCUCAACGCUUUGGCCGCAGAGACCACCUGACCCGCCACCUGAAGAAGAGCCAUGCUCAGGAGGCCGGAGUGAUGCCACCCUGUGCACCCAGCACUCCUGUGGCUACACCCACUCCCGCCGCGCAGUGCCCGGUGAAGGAGGAGCCCAGCCCCGUGACCUCUGACAUGGGAUCUGUCCCCAAGGAGCCCAUGGAGAAUUACUCCAGGGACAUGUACAACUCCUACCCCAUCACCAAUCCUGUCCCCGGGUUGAGCCACCCUCAUGGCCUCAUGCAGGGCUCCUUGUCCUCCAGCAUGGGCGUGAGUCGCCACAUGUCCCCGCAACCAUCUCACCCCCACCACCACCACCUGCAGCCCCCUGUGGCCCCGCAGCAGCAGCCCUACAGCAACAUGACCAGGUACCAGCACGGAUCUACCUCAUAUCCUCGCGCCGACGUGGACAGCUUCCUGCUGGACCUGCAGAGCGCCCCCCCGCCUCACCUGAGUGUGGCCAACUCCUCUACCUCUACGUCUGCCUCUCCUCAGAGAGAGGUGCUGGGUGAAGGGGUGGGUGCUGGCGGCGACCCCCACCUGCUGUCCAGGAGCCCAGCGAUCUCCUCCACCGAGCUGUCCUGCACCACUAACAUGGACCUCGGGCCUCUCCUGGGCUUUCUGCCUUUCAGCCUGCCGCCCUACAGCCCUCACAUGGGGAUGGGAGGGCUAGUGAUGAGCUAUCCCCCGGCCACCACCGCCGCUUCCUCCCCAUCCCCCUCUUCUGGGCUGUCCUCUCAGGCUCCAGGGCCUUUUUCCUUCUUCCAGCCUCCCCAGGCUCAUGUACCGCAGGGCCCCGGAGCCCACAACCAUAGCCAGCUACCUCAGGCAUACAGCAGUUCUGCUAUGAGCACUUCCAGCUCCCUACCUCACUACUACCAGGCCUUUCAGCAGUAAGCAGCUCUGUCCCCAUUAGGCCCGAGAUAUACUUGCUGUUUAUGUGCCUGGCUGCGUCAUGAGCAUAACUGGGAAUAUAUUUGAGCCUGUGCAUCAUAUGUUACAUGAAGAAACCUCUACAGGGCACAUGAGAGUGCUCAGGCUGUAUACAAGAACCUGGUGUGUUUGAUGUAAACUAUAGAGAUGGUAACACCCCAGGAAGUUACUAACAUUUUAAUUUUAAGAUCAGAAUUACCUGAAUAGAAACAGCAUUAAUCAACAGUAAGAUCAGAGCAGCUCACACCAUCACACCUCCUGUCUUUCUAAUAUUUUCAUGUCUGCAUAGACAUUACAGAUCAUGUUUUAUGGUUAAUUGAAUAACUGUGUUAACUGGUGACAUUUAGCCAAAUGCAUCCAUUGUGCAGCAGCUUUUGAAAGCAGAAGAUAUAUUUUCAAAUAUUCAUCAGAUCUGUAUUUAAAGAGUCACUAAACCCUAUAGCAGUGACCAUCAACUGGCAGUCCAGGAGCCAUAACAAGCCCCCCAAAGCUCCUCAUCUGACCCCUUUAAGAUAAUUAAAUUCAACCAAAUGGAAGGAGUAAAGAAAAUUUGUUUUUUAGGGUAUCUUUGGUCUCUAAAUUCCCACUCCUCUUAAAUAAAGCCCAAAACAAUCAGGAUUAAAACAGUUUUUUUUUUAAUUAAAAAUUCCUUUGUCAGCCAUUAUUGGUAAAUAAGAUGCAUGAUAAAUACAUACUAAUCAGUCCAGUCCUGAUUGAAUCUGCAGUUUUCUUUGUCACCUUUCCACUUCAGGCUCUUGGAAAGUGCUAUUUUUCCUGCCUGAGAAUCAAAACAGAAGACCUGCUUCCUGCACGCGUUUUUCACCAGGAUCAGGAUGCAUCAUACUGGCAUCAAACCCUCAGAUGGGCAACAUACCAGCCCAGAAUUAUUUUUCUAAAAUAUCUCAAUUACACCUUUUUAUAUGGGCAAUAAGGACUGAUCUAAUUGUGAAUGCCUAAAGGGGAGUCCGGCCUCCAAAAUGACAAAGAAAAAGCCGGUCCAUUUACAGAUGUAGCUGAUUACCCCUGCCUUGGAGUUUAGUCUGAGGUGCAUCUACCAUGGACUUUCAAAUAAUGCCUUCAGAACAUCAUGGACAGGGCUCUCACUUCCUGCUGUCCAUCGUCAGCCACAUUAUCAUUCGGUCCAUGCUGCUGUCUAAAUUUAUUAGCCAUGUCAUAACCAUUCAAGGAAGGUUUUCGAAGAGCUACUUUAGUGUGAGAUGAUGAUUUGUGCUCCUGUGGAAGACACAACUUGCAUAUUAUCAGCCUUGUUUUAAGAUGAACAUGGUUUAUUCAUAAUCUCAUGUAAGAGCGCUACAUUACCCACAAUCCUAGGUAAACGCAGUGACGUCUUUGAUUGGUCAAGCUGCCUUUGUCUGCAAAACGUCUGUGUUUUGCAGCUGCAAGUGUAUUUGACUGUUGUUUUUCAACAAAAGACAGUUUAAACAGUCGUUUAUGAUGAUGUAGAAGACAUAACCAAGUAUAUUAUAGACAUAGUUUAUUUGCAAUCUCAUGCAACAGCUUUACAUUACACACAAUCCUAGGGGAACACAGUGACGUCUCUGAUUGGUGGAGCCUGCCUUGAUAUCUGAAGUUAGGCUGCUGGCUCCUUCCAGUGAGGUUAACAGUUGUUGGAAAGGGCUGGUAACUGUUGAGCUCGGUGUUGAUGAAAUUUGGCACCAUGCACAUCAAAAAGCACCAGAGCAGCUGGUUGAAUAUGUACUUAAAAAUCUGUAGCAGUACACUUUUUCACCUCAUACAGGGCAGUAGCUGCAUAUUUUCAACUCAAAAUGUAGAAUUGAAAUACUCAGAUGCCAAGACUUGGACUCGAACUGAUAUACUGUAUACUCAAUAUUCAUAAACAUGAAAACGAGAAAAAGUAGUCUGACGGUGUAGUUAGUCAUUAAUGAAACUAAACAAACACAAAUACAGCCAUGGAUGCAUUUUGCUGAAAGUCACCAGUAUACAGACGUCUAAAAUGGGAAUGAUCUGCCCUGACAGACAUGUUUGUGCCUUCGCAGUGGCAAUCAUUCAUCAUAAACAUUUGGAUUCAGACUAUCAGGUCUUCAUAACUUCCUGCUAUGGCCCCUUUGUCUCUACCUUUCUCCUGCUUUUGUGCAUACUGCAUGGUGUGUCAUUGAGGACAUGCACCGUUGCUACACCAGACUGAAGCAGGGGGUGGUUUACAGCCAUCAUGCGUACGCGCACAUGUACUUUACAGCAAGUAUAUCUUCGGCCUUUAAAAUUGCCUUCAAGUAAGCUCACGAGUUUUUCAAGAAAAAGGGUAAAACAUGAAAACGGCAUUUUUAUUUUUAAGUGUGUAACUUUAGCCUGUCAGUGCUAAUGAUGCUAAUCUUAGUUUUUAUUUUGUUGAACACAACAAAUCACCUCAUCAGUAUUACCUCAUUAUUUAAAAAAGGAAGCUUGAACCUUUAAGGAAUUGUAGAUAGUCUCACUACAACCAAAAUAGAGUAGUACCUCUUGUUGUUAGGUCUGUUACUUACAGUGAACGCACUUAAAAAUAUUUCAAGGGUGCUGCACAACACUGAGAGUCAUCCACUUUUAGGACAUCAUUGAAAUUCCACAGUGUUAGGGAUUUUUAUCCAGUUAUGUAUCAUAUUUUUUUUACAAUUUCAACUUCUAUUUUCUUAUUUGUGAUUUUUGGACCAUAAACAGCCUUGCAGAGUGAAAAUAAGGUGUCAGAUGUACUCCGUUGCGAAAAAGACUGAAAGUGCAACCUCAAUAUGAGGUGUGAUUUUAAAUAUGCAGUAACCCGGCAGAGCACCAGCUGAUGUGUGGACAUGCAUCAGAAGAUGAAAAUAUAAAACUUUCUCAUCAGUUUUCCUCCACAGUUGUGUAAAUUUAACUCUCUUCUGAAGAAUUCAGAACAGGCCCUGUAAGAAUCUGGACUUUUUUGAGUCUUUAAUGCGGUCUAUGAGUCAUAGCGAGAAAAAAAAUCAUCAAAUCUUAAAGAUACUGUAAAGGAUACUGUAACCCCUCAUGCUUAUUGUCAUGAACUGCUAAAGCAUUUAAGAUAGAUCAGAAUCUGAAAUUCUGAUUUCCCUCUCUGGAAAAAGCAGCUCUGGUAGCCAGAAAUCCAUAAAUCCCCAAGGAUUUUUAGUUGGUGACAAACUGUAAUGCAACUUUUAUCCCUUUUUGCUGUAUUAGGUAGCAUUACUAGAUUAAAAGGCACUUAUGUUUCAUUUUUAACAUGGCAGGGAAUGCCAAAUCACACAAAGCUUUCACAGCAUAGUUGCUGCUCCACUGCUCUCUGUUUACAGGCCACAACAUUUGAACAAGUCACAUAAAUUAGUCAUUAUAGUUCUGUUUUUGAGACAGAACCAUGCAGCGAUGGGAGAACCAAACUGGAAAUCCUGAGUAGGUUUUGAAUAGGAACUCCUAUUGAAUUGACUACAGCAAUGCCUCUCACAUCCUCUGUUGGUCUUGUGCUUUUAAGUUUGACCAGAGAGUAGUACAGCAGCUGUUUUUAUCAUGAUCCUUUAUGGUAAAAGGUAAAAUCAAAACCUGUAAAAUCUACAGAUUCUGGCACGCUGUGCUAACCAGUUCACUGGUCUCUGGGUUGCCACCUGUCCCUCUAAAAUCACACGCUCAGAAGGAGUACUAUAAAAAUUAUGAACUCAACUCUCUAGGGAUUUAAGGGGUGGAAAAAAGUUUGUAUUUUAGGUUUGGAAGUAAAAAUCUAAAUGAAAGACGAGCAAUUUUUUUGACUACCUAAGUGGCUGAAUGUUCCAGCAAUGACUAACGCUUUGGCUCCAAUCUCAGCUCCCCUCUUUUGUCCCUAAACUUCAAUUUUGUGCACGGAUGCACAGAGUUCUGGGUUUGAGGACAAGUAGACAUCCAGUCCUUCAAAUGGCCCUUCUAAACAGAGCAUUUUCAGAUGCAGACUCCUGACACGGUGUGGGAAAAUAAUGUCCUGAUUGCUUGUUGACCUGAAGCAUUGCUGGUGCAAUGAAAAAAAAAAAAGUCAAAAUCUUUGUAAAUAACCAUGCAGAUUGCAGAAGCUGUGAAUAAAUUAAAAACCUACUAAAAUGAUUUCUGCAGAUGCAAUUUGGAUUGCUCCUCAAGCAUCUUAGAAAGAGUGUACAGUUUUAAUGAAAUUUAUUAUGAAAUCUAAAAAAUGGAUUGUAACCAGUGAUGCUGCACAUGAACGGCUCUGAUUUAAACAGGAUCAGGAUAAGAUAUGGUUAAAAUGUUUGCUGCUCAGAUUUUGAAUAUUUUUCAACACAUGUAUUUUUUAUAGGCUUUUUAAAAACUAGAUAGUAUUGCUGCACGAAUUGUGUGUGCAUUUAUACUGAACAAUAUUGCAGUACAUAAAUGAUGCAAUACAUAAAUGGUAUCAUGAAUCUCCAUGCUUGAUUUUCAAGUAAGAUGCAUAGAAUUAUGAUAGUUUAGAAGUGUGUUUUUCUCAACUAAAAAUAUAAAACUAUUUAGUAGCAUUAAAAAAUAUGAAAGUUUGUACAGUACUUCUUUCAAAAUAACUUUAAAUCUUCCAAAAUAUCAUUUUUUAAUUUAAAAUAAAGGUUCUUCAAAGUGAAAUGGUUGAACUCUUGUAAACUUAAAGGCCUUUCUGCAGGGAUUUUGUAAACCUUUCAAUAACUACAGAAAAUAACUUCAGCCUUUUAUGCAGUUGCGCAGAUUACCUUUAGAUUAAUUGUGCAGCACUAAUCAUAGCACCAUUGCAUGAAGUAACUUCAAAUGUUCAGCCAUAGGAUUAACCAAAGCUGCCACAAGCAAAAGACAGAGAGCACUGCUUUAAUUGCACAGAUAUGUUGGCAACAUUAUGGUACUGAAACAUUGCCAGUGUAUCAGAGUAGUUUGCAGGAGUUUGUCUGCACCUUUUGGCAUAAAAAAAGCAUAAAUUUCAGAGUGCCUUGGACUUCUGUUUUAUUUUGCUGUGGCGUCAAACAUAUUGAUAUGACAUGACUUUAACUAGUAUCAUGAUAAAUUUUUAAACCAGGUAUUGCCAAUGGGUGAAAAUGGUUUGCACAUGCAUUUCUUAAGACUAAUGCAUUGGAGGAUAAGAUGUUCAGCAAAGAAUUCAAAGAAAACUCCUGCACAUGCUCCAACUUGCAAGAAAAAAAAAGUGCAACAUUUUGGUACUAGGCUGCACCACGGUUAGCUCUGUUUCCUCAAAAAAAUCUUGGUGAAGGCUUUUCUUUGCAGGUUCUGUUCUCCCCAUGCAUGCGUGGGUUUUCUCUGGCUUCCUCCCACAGCUCGUUAGGUUAAUUGGUCAUAGGUGUGAGUGUGAGCGUGCCUGGUUGUUUGUCUCUGUCAGCCUUGUGAUUGACUGGCAACCAAUCCAGGGUGUACCCCGCCUCUCGUCGAAUGACAGCUGGGAUAGGCUUCAGCCCGCCGCAACCCCAGAUGGGAUAAGCGGUGUAGAAAACAGAUGGAUGAUUGGAUUUUGGUACUUGUACCGUAAAGGUCCAGUCACGUUGCAAAUAAAUGACUUUUGCUGCAAGCUGGACGGCGUGCAGGAGUUUCCUCUGGAUUAUUUGUUGAAAAUCUGGUAUUGUGACAACAACCCUGAAGUUAACCAUCCAGCCCAAUGCCAUCCAAGACUAGGGCUACCGUAAUGAUGGGUUGAGGAUUUUUUUAGUUUUGUAUGAAAAAAAUAAUAUAGUUUAGGCCUGUGGCUAUUUUAUUAUUGGUUGCUCAAAUUCCCUGCAUCUUGUGCAGUAAUCUGUAGACCUCUUUCAUAGUAACUUGAACUACCCAGACUACCUUCAGACAGCUUCUGCAUCUGUUAAGACUUCUUCUGCAUGAAAGUAGAUGGAAAAAUCCCCAAAACUCCUCUCUCGUCUCUCUAUAUUUUUUUUUUCAACAGAAGGUGGCAACCCUAGAUGCAUGAUGUGACCAGAAUUUAAACUUUGGUAAAAUCAAGUCUAAAUUACUCCCUUACCUGUUCAAACUGGACCACUGGAUCUAGCUGUGACCUACUUGCUGUGAUUUUCUGACUUUUUUACUAAAUAGAAAGCAGUGUAAAUUCUCCUUCGGCCUUCCAGAGCACUUCUACCCUUUUUCUUUUCUUUUAACUAAAUGCCGCUGUUGGUAUUGACACCCAUUCCUUUAAGGCUCUGGUGUUGUUGGAUCCCAAGAGUUUCUGAUGUAAUUAGGACUUUAAAAAAAAGUGUCCCCCCCUACCCAGCCCCCCAGCCUUCCCUCUCAUCCUGGCCUCCUCUGUACAAAGCCAGAGACGGGAAGAAAUCGAGGAACUGUUGAUCAAUGUUCCUUCAACAGAGUCACUCUGCAGCACGCCACGAGAAUUGGAUCUUUCUCAGCUGCCUUCCCAUAACGGACGCUCCACUUGAGAAAUUUGUCAAAAGUUGUGGAGAACGAGGACGCCUCCAGCUGGAUGAUGCGAGUGAUUGAUUCGAUAUUGGAAAGAAGAUAUUUGGAAAAAGAGCGGGAUCAGCGCUCUGUCUUCUGCCUUAAUUCCAUGAACUGUUUGUUGAAGGACGUCUCUCACUAGCAUAGGAACCAGCCUCCAAGUGUUGCACCAAUGUCUUAAAAUGCUACUGUUGUGCCUCUCUAAGAGUGUCUAACUCUCGACUGGGUUUAAGCACUUAUAACAUUUUCUAAAAAAGGAUGAAUUUGAUCUGUACCUCAAACACGCAGAACUGUGGGUUUCUGUUUUUUUGUUUUUGCUUUUAGUUAUUUUGGCUCUUAACUUGUGCCAUUAGAUUGAAACUAUAAAAGGUAGAUUUUAUGAAUCUAAACUCUUUAUCUAGCGGCAGACAUUGACAUUAUAAUUCAGUCAAACUUUCUACCUCUACCUUGUCAUAUAUCUUUCUGCAAAAAAAAUCAUUAAAAGAUAGUUUUAACCUGUAACAAUAUGGCAGUUUCACCACUUUUGAACAUGGGGAUGUGUUCAAAAUUUGACCUUUGAAGGGCCGGGUACACACGAGUCCUUGUGGUGUAUUCCAGAGUCAAACAUUGUUCUCUAUACUUGCCUUUAAUGAUAUUUCUACUUAUUUACUACCUCAGAGAAGAGACAGGUGACUGUCCAUCUAACUGCAGAGAAAAAAAUGUCUGUGUAGAGUUUUAUUUUUGUCAGAGGAAGCACAUGUACUUUGUAGCUCCAUAGUUUUUUUUACUGAGAUUAGCUCACAGCAGAAUGAUGUGUCUAGCGCAACAAGUACCAGUUCAUACUGCAUUUGUUCUGUUAUAAUACCGUGUCUCUGCCUCUUCAGUCUGGAAUGCUAACUGUUUAUGAAUAUGGGCCUCACUGAGGAGGAAUUCCCCAGCUGCAUGCUGGAAUGUGAAGACAACACUUUACUAUCAGGGAUAUUCACCUGGAAGCAGCGUCUUUGAGCUUGCAUUUCUGGAAUAAUGCUUCUAAUCUGACUGACGGUGUCUGUCAACAUCAAUGCCAAUAUCUGACCAUGUCAGCCACUCCACUGGGAGAGGAUUGGCUGCUUUUCUUUUAGUGUUCGGUUGAUGAAGAGCAGGUGGAUAUCAGCUCUAGAAAUUCUGAGAGAUGUGUGAUUAUUUCUUUACAUUUUUAAAAAGUUUUUUGGGAUUUUUAUGCUUCCUAUUGUUGAACAGUGGUACUCAGCAUGAGUCAGAAGUGAGUCACAGAGCUGAUUCUCAUCAAAAGCCUAUGAUGCACAGAACCCCUAAGUAGACAUGCCUUUCAUUUGACUCAUUUUUUCUGUUAUCCCAAGUGAAUUUUGGUUGUUUUCUCAAGAUCUUGCCUUGUUUCUCUCUGAUUAUUGGCAUUACAAAGCUGUUUUUCUUGCCAUAGCAAAUUAAUUCCUUAAGAUCUCUUGAACACGACCAAAAUUUACAAGGGGAGCACGAUAUUACCCUCAAAUAUGAAAAUUUCUGCCCAUAUUUACAGCUCAUAUUUCCAUCAUACAUAACAGCAGUAUAAAUUGGGGCUGAAAGAAUUUGGGAAAAUCUAAACGCGAUAUAUCGGUUAGCACCAAACAUAGAACAACCACCUGCUGUCUACUUCUCUCAAUUUGGCUUGACUCAGCCUCUCUAUGCAGAAGAGACACUUCUUUUUUUCACCAAAAUAAUGUGUGUGUAUAUCGGAAUCUGCAAAAUUAAGUUUGGAAAUAUUGGCAUAUCGGAUAUCUGCAAAAAUCCAUUAUCAUGGAUCCCAUAAUUUACGGUUCAUGGGAAAAUUGGGUCAAAGUGUGCAUGAAGAUCUUAUUGGCAGGCUUACUGCCAGGAUCGGCUUGAACCUGUGAACAGUGAGGAUUGUAGCCUCAAUAUCUUGGUGCCUACGCUACCAACUUAGCCAAACCGAUGCUUUUUACACCCCUGUUUUGACCCUUUCUUUCAGUCAGUGAUAUUUUAUUCCAUCAAAAGUCCAACCUGCAACAUUUUGUGUCCAAAUAAUCAAAAUGGUUGACUUUUUUCAGAAAUUUGGGUUUCUAUUUCUCAUUAAAGAGGUGACGGUGGGUCCUGAGGCUAGACCUGCUAGUGGAUGGAGUGGGAAUCUGGGGCUAGAGUGGGAAUUGGGAUGCAGAAAAUUGCAGAGCUGCUGGCUGUGCAGACUAACAGCGCUGCACAGUUUCUCGCAAUUUUUUAAACUGUUGUAGCUUUUAAGAAAAUCCUCAUCUCCCCACUUCUGCAGACAUAAUUAGCCCAUUUCACAGUGCAUUUUUGCAGCUGCAUCAUGACGAAGCUCUGGCGUUAGUACAGCUUAAGACAUAUUUAUUGAAUGAUUAAAAAGGGUGUCCCAGACCGUUAAUUGUGUGCUCCCCUGUUGGCUCUGCUGAUUCCCGCUUGUCCCCUGAUUACACCUCUUUGACACAGACAUUAAAGGUGAGACGCCACAGUGGUGUAAAUAUCACAUCUUGAAGUGGCACUGUGAAUAAUCCUUGUAUGAUAACCAGCUGCAAGAGUUCAGUCGCAGUAUAUCUAUGUACAUAUCUAUCUAGAAAAUCAGUGCAAGGAUAAGAUUGUUGGAUUUCAAACCAUCUGCCUUCCAUUUAAGUGAAAAGUGAUCUAUGAAGUGUUGAUCAGUCGUGACUGGGUGAGCUUUGGUUUUAUGUAUUUGGGUUGUGAGAUUUGGUUCAGGAAACUUUGAUAUUUUUUCUGUUAACGUUUCAGGAAAAGCUCCAUCUCUGCCCUGUAGAGCAAGAACCGAGGUCACUGUAUGGAUUUAGAUAGCAUCUAAAGAGGAAAAUUAUCAAUCAAAAUUUAGGGAGUAUGCACCACUACACCAGCAUAUCAACUGUGAAGGGUGUUGAGCUGCUGUCCUUGGUAAAGUGACAUUAACACACCAGUAGAAGCUUUCCAGACUGAACGUAGAGGCACAGAAGAUAUCAGGAUUCAUUUGACUAAAUGAUCUUUCAGUACUGUGUUGCCUGCAUUUAGGUCGGCUAAGAGAACCACUACAAUGCAGGUUUCGCCACCUUUUAAUUUAGAUAAGUUUUGCAUUAGGUGUUUGUAUUAUCACUUAAUAGAUUAGAAGACAGUUGAAAGAAAAGGAGUUGUCAUUUUCUGAUUGUCUGAAC